UCUUUCUCUUUAUCUAUCUGUCCCACUGUGCUGCUUUUUUGGCUCCUACAAACAGGGGGAGAAUGACAUCCUACACAGACAAAGGGGAGAAGCCUGAGAAAGGACAGUUCCUGCACUUCCAUUCGCUGACGUUCUGGGUGGGGAAUGCCAAGCAGGCAGCGAUCGUUUUACUGCAAUAAGAUGGAGCUUUGAAGGAGUGGCCUACAAGGAGCUUGAGAGCCGACAGCCGUGAGGUGGUCUCCCCACGUCAUCAAGCAGGUACAAGAUUAUAUUUGUCUUCUCCUCGGCUCUCAACCCAGGAAAUCAAGAAAUGGGCGCGCACUUAGUGGAACAUGGAGAUGGGGUCCGAGACAUUGCCUUUGAAGUGAAGGACUGCAAUUUCAUUGUGCAGAAAGCCAGAGAGCGGGGAGCCGUGGUAGUAAAAGAGCCGUGGGUAGAGGAAGACAAGUUUGGGAAGGUGAAAUUUGCAGUCAUUCAGACGUAUGGAGACACCACCCAUACCCUGAUUGAGAAACUGGACUACAAAGGCCUUUUCCUGCCUGGUUUUGAGCCACCUCUCUUCAAGGACCCGCUGCUGAAAAGCCUGCCGCCUGGAGGGUUGAAGUUCAUUGACCAUGUCGUGGGGAACCAACCUGAUCAUGAGAUGGUCCCAGUGGCAGAAUGGUACCAAAAAAACCUUCUGUUUCACCGCUUCUGGUCUGUGGACGAUAAACAGUUGCACACAGCGUUCAGUGCUCUGCGGUCGAUUGUGGUGGCCAAUUAUGAAGAAACCAUUAAAAUGCCCAUUAAUGAGCCUGCUCUGGGGAAGAAGAAGUCUCAGAUCCAGGAAUAUGUUGAUUAUUAUGGAGGCCCCGGAGUCCAGCACAUCGCUUUGAAUACCUCGGACAUUAUUUCUUCAAUCGUGAAUUUGAAGAAGAGGGGCAUGGAAUUUAUGUCCGUCCCCUCCUCCUACUACCAGCAACUCCGGAAGAAGCUGGAAUCGGCCAAGAUUAAGGUGAAAGAGAACAUUGAUAAACUGCAGGAACUCAAAAUCCUGGUAGACUUUGAUGAGAAAGGAUACUUGCUCCAGAUCUUUACUAAACCUGUUCAGGACAGACCAACUGUUUUUCUCGAAGUCAUACAGCGUCACAACCACCAGGGAUUUGGUGCUGGAAACUUCAAGUCUUUGUUUGAAGCUAUUGAAGCAGACCAGGAUGCCCGGGGAAAUCUCACCGUCUUGACGCCCAGUGGAGAAUCAGAGUUCAUGUAAUGCUCAGCAGUGAAAGGGCAGUGACAGAAAUACAAUUUAAAAAUGAAAUGCCGUAGCAGAGGGUUCAGAGAAAUUUCUCCCAACAACAGCUAGAGUCAUCGAGAGAUUCCUUCCACCAUCUUCCAAAUAAUAAGAGUUAGUACAGUCUUUCAGGGUUAGCUGGUAGGCACAUGUAAUUCAUUCUGGGCCCACCCUAGAGCAGUUUUACAUCUGGAAAUACACAUUUGACUCCUCCACCUCUUCCCAUUACUGCAGAAACAUGAAUAGAGGAAGAGGACCUUUGCCUCCCAAACUGCUUGAAUUGUAUUACAUUGUGGAUAUUUUUCAAGAGAGGCAAACCUGUAUGAAAGACAGGAGCUGAGAACCCGACGAGGCCAUUUACACAGGGAGCCCUGAUAAUCUGUACGCAGGCCCUGACCUUGGCAGACUGGUCCUGCCAUCAAAUUGGUGAUCUUCCUGCAACAGGUUUUGAUCGGGGAAGUCAGUUCAGAGUAAAUAUGGCAGUUUUGCAAAGUUAUGGAACUCGGAACAAUUUCUUUCUUUCUUUGUUGAAUAAAAAGGAUUCAAAGCAUGGGA